GGUGGCGGCGGCAGCGGCGGCGGCUCCAGCCGGGGGAGUCCGGCGAGGCCAGGGCUCUGGGUCCGCUGCUCGGGCGGGACGAUGAAGCGGCAGAACGUGCGCACGCUGGCGCUGAUCGUCUGCACCUUCACCUACCUGCUGGUGGGCGCCGCUGUGUUCGACGCGCUCGAAUCGGAGCCCGAAACCACGGACCGACAGCGGCUGGAGCGAAAGCAGCAGGAGCUCCGGGCACGCUACAACCUCAGCCAGGGCGGCUACGAGGAGCUGGAACGCGUGGUCCUGCUGCUCAAGCCGCACAAGGCCGGCGUGCAGUGGCGCUUUGCGGGCUCCUUCUACUUCGCCAUCACCGUCAUCACUACCAUCGGCUAUGGCCACGCGGCCCCCAGCACGGAUGGGGGGAAGGUGUUCUGCAUGUUCUACGCGCUGCUGGGCAUCCCGCUCACGCUGGUUAUGUUCCAGAGCCUGGGGGAGCGCAUCAACACCUUUGUGAAGUACUUGCUGCACCGAGCCAAGAAGGGGCUGGGGAUGCGGCGCUCCGAUGUCUCCAUGGCCAACAUGGUCAUCAUCGGCUUCUUCUCCUGCAUCAGCACGCUGUGCAUCGGAGCGGCCGCCUUCUCCUACUACGAGCACUGGACCUUCUUCCAGGCCUAUUACUACUGCUUCAUCACCCUGACCACCAUUGGCUUCGGGGACUAUGUGGCCCUGCAGAAGGACCAGGCUCUGCAGACUCAGCCCCAGUACGUGGCCUUCAGCUUCGUGUACAUCCUCACCGGGCUGACGGUCAUCGGCGCCUUCCUCAACCUCGUGGUCCUACGCUUCAUGACCAUGAACGCAGAGGAUGAGAAGCGCGACGCCGAGCACCGGGCCCUCCUGACCCGCAACGGGCAGGCGGGAGGCAGCAUCCACACCACGGACACGGCGUCCUCCACCAUCGCCGGCAGCGGGGGCUUCCGCAACGUCUACGCCGAGGUUCUUCACUUCCAGUCCAUGUGCUCCUGCCUGUGGUACAAGAGUCGGGAGAAGCUCCAGUAUUCCAUCCCCAUGAUCAUCCCCCGGGACCUGUCCACCUCCGACACCUGCGUGGAGCAGAGCCAGUCGUCCCCCGGGGGCGGCCGCUAUGUCGACACCCCUUCCCACCGGUGCCUCUGCACAGCCCAGCGCUCGGCCAUCAGUUCCGUCUCCACUGGUCUGCACAGCCUGUCCACGUUCCGCGGCCUCAUGAAGCGCCGAAGCUCAGUGUGACCCGGGGCCGGUGGUGGGCCGGGCGAAGGGCCCAACCCGCCCCCACAGGCCGAGGAAGGGGGAGGGGGCAAGGGAGCAGUCGGAAAAAACGGACUCCAUAAAGUUUUGCUUCAAAUCACCUAUUAAAGAAAUAAGCUCCAUGUCUCUAUGUGGGCAGAGAGGCUGUGGGAUCUAUGCACCCAUAGUCCGGGUGGAUCUGCAGGCAUCGGCCCAGGGGUUUGCUUGCCCACCACUGGUCAGUGUAGGAGUAGGGGGCUUUUGGGCUUCUCCUAAGACCUCCAACUGUGCCUGCCCACCAACCUGCCCAGGGCCUAGGGCUUAUGCCUAGGGGCUUCUUGCAUCUGAGACCUUUCUAUAUUCUCUCCAUGCUCUGAAAAAUUCCAAGAAAUGUGAAACUUGGUGGGGGAUGGGAACCAGAAGGGGUCUAAGGGGAAACUUUCGCUAGCCUUGGAAAUUUGAGGAGCUGCGGGCCUGGCCCUUGAGGCUCAGCUGUUCCCAGAGGCCCAUCCACUCACCCCUCCCUCACCACCAUCCCUCUGGAAUGGGACUUCUCUGUGUUAAGUGUUUGUUUGCAUCUCUAUUUAUACCCCUCAGCAUUGGUGUCCUACAGUUGUCCUAUCUGUGAAGUUCUUCCUUCCCUCCUUGUCUGGGGCCAGGGACUUUUAGCUGCUCCCACAGUUGGCCCUGCUCCCUGUUAUCACCCCCCCAUCACCUCUCUCCUGCUCUGAGUCACAUCUUACAAUCUCCCCACCCCAGGUCUUGUUUUAUAUUGUUUUUGCAUGGCUUUGCAAAAAGGGAACGUUCAGCAGAGAGGAAGCAGAAAAGAGAGAUUGAGGAAAAAGGGAUAACUUCCAGUGCUUCUGUCUGAGACUCAAGCUGGAAUUUUCUGGUAAAAACUCAAUCAUAUUUCUCAUAGUGGAAGGGGCUAGUGUGUUUCCUUGGAGGUGAGGAUAGGUAGUAAUCCCCAUUUCAAUACCCUGCCUAUCCUUGUUGUCUCAGUUGACCAUUUCUCCUGAUUCUCUUUGCCUGCUCUCCUGCCCCAAAUGCAUACCUUCUACAUCUCCUUGUCACCAAGACAAUGUUGGAGCAAAAACCCAAAGAUGUCAUCCAUCUCCGGGGCCCUGGGACCUGAUCACUGCUACCCUUCAAAGAGCAGGCAGCUACUGGCCAGUCAGCAAGGCCUCCUGAGGACCUUCCCCAGGUCAGAGCAGCACCUCUGUAGGCAUGGGACUCUUGACUCUUCCACAUCUGAAGCUGCCUGUGGAUGGGGGAGCCCUUGGUGAGGGGACCUUAGUGUCUUCCAGCUAUUCUUGAGGUAGAACUUCUGAAAGAUCCCCAAACCUGCAAUCAAGAAAACAGGGGAGAGGGGAGAGCAGAGAACAACAGAAAAAUGAGUGGGGUCCACCUCGGCCCUCCUUUAUCAUUUCCUGAUUACUUUCCAUCCAAUUCUGAUCAAAUCAAAAUAGCUGAGAAGGUCGUGGCUGUGUCUGAAUGGGGACAUGGUACCACGCCAGGAGAUUUCUUGAUUUGGGAAAUCAGAGAUCUGGAACUAAAGCAUGGGUAGCAGUAGAAAGCUGAAAAGGAAGCAGAUUCAUCAUUCUGUUGAUGUAGCCUUGGUCUGGCAGGCAAGGUUUGGCUCUGCCUUUGCCUAGGUGGACACAUCUGCUCCCUUUAGGUACAGAAUAGAUGCCCGUCUGUCCAGUGACAGGGGAAGAAAAAUUCUUCAGUCUCAAAACAGGAAGGAGAGCUGCCAAACCGGAGGGGGCUGCGCUUCUCCUCAGCAUGCCGGGCUUCCCUGCUGCCUCCAAGUACUGCAGGCUUUUUCAGACAUAGUUGUCCCAAUCAGGAGCUUACCCUUAGAAUAGAACAAAUCUCAACAAAUGACAGCAGAGCUGUGUGGCAACUCAGGGCACCAGCAGGUAGGAGGAGACAGAGAUGGAGCAGCCAUGAUCCCAGGCACUCACAUCCAGGCACUCUAGAGCCACAUGCCUGCUGCUGACCCUCCCGUCCCACAGGCACUUGGGAUAAAUCUGUCACUGCCUGCCCGGCAGCCAGGCUUUGCUCUUCCCUUUCUUCUGCAGACACCCUGGAGCUGCGGGCUCCCCUUCUGCAUCCUCUCCUUCCUUCUGGUCACUUGACUGCCUCUCUGUCCCUAAUGUUUCAGCUCUUGGCUCCUGCGAUCAAGGCUUCCAGCCUGAGUGUGUGCCCUCACCAGCAUUCGCCUCUAUGGAAGUGUUAGGUGGGAUUUGCUCCAGGCUGUGAGCCAGUAGGAAUGACUGCGGGUCAGAGGCUGAGAAUUUAUUGCUCUCAAGUUUUUGACCUUACACUUUGGAGGAGGAUACUGGUCUGCUCGCUACUUAGCCUCCAUCAGAGCCCCAAGAAAAGGAAAAGAGAUCGAAGUAAGGCCUUAGCCCAGACAAUCUAGUACCAACAGGUGCCUCCAGGUGUGUAGGGAGUUAGGAGGAGAGUGUUAACUGGAAGGUGCACAUGAGCCCCUCGGCUCUCUCCCUGGGGAAGGAUGAAGCUUUUUUCCCACCCACAGGGGAGAGGGUCAAUCUCUGUAGUGACCAGGCUGGUCAAUCACAUGCCUGCAGAAGAAGCAAUAAUAAAUGGUGAGGAAAGGAUUGGGUGUCUGAGGGCUCCACAGGGAGAUGCCCUUCCUACCCAAGUACCCUUUCUUCCCCCCUCGCCUCAUCUGUGUUUCAGUAGGAUUGACUGUGUCCAUCCCCUGUGAGAUCCCCUGUCCCCCAGGUCCUUGGAAGUUGCCACUCCCCUGCAGCACAGCAGACAUGGGGAGCAUCCUGCUUUUCCAUCAGGAAGGAUCGGAUACAUAGGAGGGCAAAUUCAGGAAAAUGAUGGAGAAAAGAAAAAAAAAAUGGGAAGGGGAGCAAAGGUUUUCAACCAGAAAUGAAAGAGACAUGGAUAAGUGAUGGUGUCUGUCUUCUGUCCAUCUGCCCUCUCCUCCCCGCUCCAAACUCCUCUCUUUUUGCAGGUAGCCUCUCUGCUUCCCUGAUGCCUUAUCCCUGGGCACACUGCCAAUUAAAUAUGCAAUAUAUGUGGGAAAAUCCCCCCACCCUCAUCCCUAGUCCCUCCCCACCCCAGCCUCUGAAAUCACUGUCCUCCAGAGGACUGGAGACUCACAGAGGCAUCCCCUCAACCUAUCCAUCUUCACAUUAAGAAUGACAACUAAUAAAUUCUGUACAUUCAGACCAG